AUGUCGGGUGGGUGUGGGGAGAUUGGACGGGGUCAGGGCGGGAGCACAGAGACAGUGCAGCUCCUGGGGCGGCACUGGAUCAUCCAGGACUCGCGGGGGGUGACCGUCACCGAGGUCCCACGGGGAACACGGGGCGUGAUCGGCUGCACGCCCAUCAUCAAGCCCGGGACCUGCUUCCAGUACUACAGCGGGACGGACCUUGACGAGGCGCCUGGCAGCAUGCACGGCUCCUUCCAGAUGGCGGUGCUGGACGACCGGUCGCAGCCGCUGGAGAGCUUCGACGCCGAGGUCGCACCCUUCCACUUCUGGCCCCCAUCCACGCCGGCUUGA